AUGGCGCAGCGCCAGCGGAGCGUGCAGAGCGUUAGUGCACUACAGCGACAGUUUCAAUCACAGUUUGUGGCAGAGCACCAGGAAGAGUACGAUGAUCUGAAGCACCGACGCGAACGCAUUCGCGCCCAGGUUCGUUGUCGAAUCCCCUUUGAUCCCGUUUGCUAUUGGUGCACAGGCCUUUGCUUCAACCGACACGCCCUCAUGUCUGCUACGAUGAUUCAGAAAAAGGCUCUGGCGCAGGCCGCAGCCACGACCACAACUGCUGCUCCAAAGCCGACAGGACCGCGAGCACCAGACCCUGGUCGACGGAGAGGAAGCGGCAGUCAAGGCACGGCCGCCUCUGCUGCCCCACCUGCCAAUUCCAAUCCACGGCGCCGACCAAGCAAACUCGCCCGCAAUCGCUCCAGUACGAAACGUGACCCAGCUGUGGGCCACAACCCAGAUCUGGAUGAUGCACCCGUGCAGCUUGUCGACGGCCCCGUGCGCAAUCCCCGCGAAACUAGCUUCACGACCAUGGUGUCCCGCCGGCCCAUGAACAAGCCUAAUUUACGCUACAAAAACCACCACCUGACCCCACUGGCCGGAGCCCAGCAGGAUGAUACCAACCUUGAGCGCAAUACCUCUGCCCCACCCCACUGGCGCCCCCCCACCGAUCCAGUUCGCGACAUUCACAGCGCGGGCAAGCAUCCUGUACUUGCUCCCAUCGCCCCCAAAAGUGACAAAAAGCCACAGGCCCAACUUGCAACACAGGAUCGCAAAGCUGCGGCCGCUGCGCCGCCCAAGGCAAGUGCACCAAGCCGAAAGGCCACGACCCCACCCAAGGCAAGCGCACCGAGUCCAAAGGCUGCAGCCGCGCCCAAGGCAAGUGCACCGAGUCCAAAAGUGGCAGCACCCCCAACUGAAGCAGCUGCCCCUGGUCGUCGUCGACCCCACGUCAAGGCAAGCUCCUCGACGGGUUCAGCCACUUCCGUCGACCCCUCGCCCCCCCCGCCAAGCCAAGAAUCCGUCGCUGCAGCUCAAGACCUCGAGCAAGCUCUGGAGGCACACGAGCAGUUGAAAAAAGCACAGCGGGACACCGCGUCAGCUGAGGCUGAGCACGUUGAAGCCGCUCGCCGGAAAAAAAUGGCUGCCAUGGCCAAGAAGCGGCAGCAGGAAGCUGAGGCAAGUAGUGACCAUGAACGAGAAAAGCGCGCCGAGGAGCGGCGGCAACGGCUGCGCGAGCGUGAAGCUAAGCGUGAGCAGCAGCGCAUUGAGCGACAACAGCAGCAGGGCGAUGACGGUGAUAAUGCCGAUGAUGCAGUGCCCGCCCCUGUACGGGCCGCCUCACCACCCUUACCGACACACCGUCCCGCGGUUCAGUCCGUGGCGCCCCCUGCCGAGCAGUCUGACCCCACACCAGCUCCGCCUGUAAAUCCCCCAGCCGAGGUGGUACCGGCCGUGGAUGAGCCUGCAAUGCCAUCAGCGACGUAUCAGGUGCCGGAGCCUGCGACCAUUGAGACUGAGGAUGGAACUAUUUUGACUUUGAUGCCCUGCCCCACAUGUGGCCGCAGUUUUGCAGCCGAUCGUCUGGCAAAGCAUCAAAAGGUGUGCCGACAAAAUCAGGACUCCAAGCGUAAAGCCUUUGACGUAAAAAAACAGCGACUCCAGGCCAUGGGCUCUGAAGCCAUUGCUUUCGCGAAAAAUGCCGAGCGUACGGAAAAGAAGUAUCAGAAAAAGAACGAAGUUCGCAAGAAUAAUUGGAAGCGCAAGCAUCAGGACUUUGUUGCCGCAAUUCGCGCUGCUAAAACAGGCGAUACCGCCCCGCCAGCCAUGGAAGACCCUUCGCUGGUCAAGUGCCAACACUGUGGCCGUACCUUCAACGAAGAUGCGGCUGAGCGACACAUUCCUAUUUGCAAGCGCAAGGCCGACGAGCAGCGCAUGAAAAAAGAAUUUGGAGACAAAUUUCAAAAAGAAAGAGAGAGAGAGAGAGAGAGAGAGAGAGAGAGAGAGAGAGAGAGAGAGAGAGAGAGAGAGAGAGAGAGAGAGAGAGAGAGCCGCUGGAUGAGCUGCGGAGACAAGAGCGAGGAGGGUGUGGGGGGGGGGAGGGAGAUUAUCAGUGCCGAGGAUCACCAGAUGCACCAUCAGAGCCAAAAGGAGGCACACAUUGCCAUUCCUAAGAUCAUCCAUCAGACCUGGAAGGAUGAGAAUGUGCCUGCCAACUGCAUCGCGCCCGUGCAAUCAUGGAAGCAACUCAACCCCGACUACACGUACAAGUUCUACACCGAUCGGGACAUUGAUCAGCUUAUCCACGAGCGACAUCCUGAGCUCAAGCCCCUGUAUGCGCGCAUGUCGCCCAUCAUGAAGGCGGAUCUCUUCCGCUACUUGAUUCUGUACGAUGAGGGUGGAGUCUAUGCCGACAUUGAUGUCGAGUGUGCGCAGCCAAUUGACGAGUGGCAAUGGCGAGCACAUGCCCACUUCAACGUUGGUAUGAUGGUUGGUUUUGAAGUCAUCACGGGCAAGCGGCCAGACUGGCGCAAGUGGUUUGCGCGCAAGCAUCAGAUGUGUCAAUGGACGAUUGCAUCCAUCCCGCAGCAUCCAAUCCUGGCACGCGUGAUUGAUAACAUCUGGGCCGAGUUUGAUAACCGAACGGAUGCCCAGGUGCAACAAGCGAGUGCGGUCGACCUGACUGGCCCUGCCGUCUGGUCUGAUGCCGUGACCGGCUUUUUCGACGAAGAAUUUGGCGUUGAAUUUGGUGUCGCACCCUUUGAGUCAGACUCGUUACGUGACAACUUUUACUUGGUUGGAGAUGUCUUGCUGCUUCCUCUGCGUGCCUUUGGUACCGGCUCGGCUGGCUACGUUGCUCCCCCCAACUUUCCUGGCAAUGAGAUUUUGAUUCAUCACAACUUUCAAGGGUCAUGGAAAAAAAAGCCAGCCCCCCCGUCGUUUGCUUUGCCGGAUCCUGAAGUGUGUGAUGUUGGGCCCAGUCAAGCUGAGGCCUGUGUGCGUGGAUAUCCUGAAGUCGGAUAUGGUAUCAAAGCAAUCAUGGACGGUGACGUUGGCACGGUCUGGCGCCAGCCCUGGAAAUACGAUGAUAAGCACACGAAACUGCCCAUUGUAUUGACCCUCCAAUCCCCGGAUGCCCAGCCUUUUGUGCUCAAAACCUACGAGCUGAUCGUGGAUGAUUCGGCACCGACAGCUUGGACUGUGUACGGAGCCACUGACAAAGCGGGGACGUGGGUGAAAAUUGAUGCGCGCGAGGCCGUGGACUGGUCCAUAUUGACGGACCAAACGUUUUCAACAACAACUGCCACGCCCUUUGCCUUUUACCGCUUCAACUUUACUGCCUCCAGCAAUUCUAACGACCGCGUCUUGACCCUGAAUGAACUCAUCUUGCACGAUCUACCCAAGCCCCUGCCACCCACCCCCGUUUGUGGCCUCUACGACAACAACGUGACCGCCUGUGCUUGCUGCGGUGGUUCGACCUUUGGGAGCAAAGAAGGUCCCGCCCAUGCAUUGGACGGCAGCAACUCGACAAAAUGGCAUGUGCAGUGGGAACCCAGUCAAUUCUACGAUACCUUUCCUUGGCUCAGCAUUGUUUUUCCUGACGCAGUAGAACUGCGCAGCUAUGCCAUUCGCUCCGCGGAUGACUUUGAGCUACGCGACCCCGCCAACUGGACGUUGCUGGUGCAAGAAGCCGAUUCUCACGUUUGGGAGACGGUUGAUGAGCGGUUCAAUCAAACUUUUGCCCAGCGUCAUGAGCUCAAGCACUUUGCUCUAGCCAAGCCCGUGCGAGCUCAAGCCAUCAAGCUAAAGUUGACGGCGCUACGGGAUGCCUCUCACCUGCAGUGUCGCCACACAUUUUGCACACAAAUCGGCGAGUGGCGGCUUGAAACGGAUCGCAACGAUCAGCUCCCCAGUCAGCAUCAGUUGUCCCAGGAAUCGUGA